AUGAGCACAGAGGGCCCCAGCCUCACCAGCUCCCCGGCCACCAAGCCCCUCACCUUCCUCUCAGCUCUGGUCUCUCCGGGGCCCCCUGCAGAGGCAGCCGACCCCCUCCCUGUGCUCAUUGCCCUGGCCUGCAUCUUCCUCCUGCUGGCCACCUGUCUGCUGUUUAUGACGCUCUGCAAGCCGGCCGCGCUGGACCCGAGCCGCCGCAGGGCUCGGGAGUGCAUGCCCCACCACCCCGGGAGCCCCAGCGAGCCCCAGCUCCGGCUCUGGAAGCGCCUGGGCUCGCUGCGCCGCUCCCUGCACAGCUUCCGCCGCGGCAGGCCUGCUGCCCCUCGACGCCCCCUGCCGGAAUGCGGUGACAACCGCAGCGACUAUGACUGCACGGAAUCUACCAAGAUGUGA